AUGGACUCACCUACUGUCGCCGUUGAGGUAUCUCGCCAGGAGGAUACCUUCGUCAAGGGAUUCGACGACGACUCCAAGGAGUUCUGGCACGAAACUACCCUUCUCCCUUUCAUAAAACUGCUGCAGAGUAGCGGUUACAGCAACCAGGAUAUCGUGAUUCAUAGUAAAUGGUAUGAACCUCUUCCUCGUUUAUUACCAUCCUUCUAUCGCUGGGCUCGACUGACGAGAGUCUCGACCAGGUACAACCGCUUUAUCCCUGCCCUGGGCGGCCGUCCCCAGUCCGGUAAAAAGCCCAUUUUCAACGCCCGCAUCAUGGCCGAUGGCUCCCCCAUGGAGCUGAGCGUCAACUUCAAAGAGACCUCCAACGUCCGCACCGUACGAUUCACCAUUGAGGCCACAGUCCCCGAAGCUGGUACGCCGAUCGACCCUUACAAUCAAGAACAGACCACCCGCCUCCUCCACGACAUGACCAAGUCAAUCCCCAGCAUCCAUCUCGGCCAGUACAACACGUUCAUUCGGAGCCUCUUCCUCCCCGCCUCGACCGCCCCUUCCCUCCUUCCAAAAGUUCCCCAUGAAACCUCCCUCUCCCAAGCCUGGGUGGCUUUUGACCUGGCUCACGGGGGAGACAUUAUGGCAAAGGUGUACUUCAUGCCCUUCCUCAAAUGGCUUCACACUGCCUCCUCCCCGUCAGCCGCCGUCUCGACCAAGGACAUCACCUUCGACGUUGCCCGCCAGUGCGACGGAACCUAUGGCAGUUACAACCACCCCAUCGCUCUGCUUGACUCGUAUCUUUGCUCCUUCCCUUCGGGGCCGUCCCGGCCAACAGUGCAAAUGGUCGUGUGA